AUGGCGGACAAGUGCGUUCACAAGGGUUGCGGCAAGGUCUUCACCGAUCCAGACGAAAAUUGUGUCUACCAUCCGGGGCCUCCAGUCUUCCAUGAGGGACAAAAAGGCUGGAAAUGCUGCAAACCCCGCGUUCUCACUUUCGACGAGUUCCUGAGCAUCCCACCUUGCACGACGGGUAAACACUCUACAGUCGACGAUACACCGCAAGGAGAGCCCAAGAAGGAUGAGGGCGCCGUAGCUGCAGCGGCAACUGAGCAGCCAGCUCCAGUGACUCUUCCAAUCGCUACCACCACCUCUGCUCCUCUUCCUACACCGGCAACCAACACAGCGGCCGCCGCGCCUCCGCCAGAACCAGAAUCCGAUGACCCCUCCCUUUCGAUUCCUGCAAAUGCAACUUGCAGGCGCAAGGGCUGCAACGCCACAUACAAACCAGAUGUGUCUCGCGACAAUGAGGAGUGCACCUACCAUCCAGGACAGCCGAUUUUCCAUGAAGGCAGCAAAGGAUGGUCCUGCUGUAAGAAGCGAGUCUUGGAAUUCGAUGAGUUCAUGAAGAUCCCCGGCUGUGCGGAUAAGAAGAGACAUUUAUUUGUGGGCAAAGGAAAGGCUGCGGGAGAGGAGAAAGUAGACGACGUCCGCAAUGAUUUCUACCAGACUGCAAGUACUAUCAAUGCAUCACUAUAUCUGAAAAAGAUCGACAAGGAAAAAGCAAAGGUCACUUUCACGGCAAACACUGCAGACUUUGAUCUCCCUACCAGUGACAACAAACGCUUUACAAAGACAUAUAAUCUAUUCGGGCCCAUCAACCCAGAGACAUCGUCGUAUACUAUUUUCGGCACUAAGUUGGAAUUGAAAUUGACCAAGGCCGACGGACAGAGUUGGCCUGUGUUGCGCAGUGACGAUAGAUGGACGGGCGAGCGCAUUCAGAUUGGGAAGGCUGGCCGUGUUGCCUAG